CUGGAACCUCCCCGCUCGCCUGCCCCCAGCUACAGCAGCGGCAGGGGAGAAGCCAGAGAAGUUUCCGAGCAAAUCUGAUUGGUUCGGGGGGAGCUGGAACACGGCCCCCCACUUGUGCUCCCUGGCAGUGCGAUUGACCGGGACCCGGGGAGCUGCCUGCCGCGUGGGGUGCGCAGGAGAAGAGGUGGCAGGAGGAGCUGCGAUGAAGCCCUGCGAAGAGGAGGGGCAGGGGGCUGCGGCCGGAGGGGACCCCUGGAAGGAGUGUAUGGAGGCGGCGGUGCAGCUGGCGCGGCGGGCUGGGCAGAUUAUUAAGAAAGCUCUUACAGAGGAAAAACAAGUUUCUACAAAAACAUCUGCAGCAGAUCUUGUGACAGAAACUGAUAAUUUUGUGGAAAAUGUGAUUAUUUCUGCUCUGAAAGAGAAGUUUCCCUCCCACAGGUUUAUUGGAGAAGAGUCCACUGCUGCUGGUUCAAAAUGUGUCCUCACUGACAAUCCUACCUGGAUUAUUGAUCCCAUUGAUGGAACCUGCAAUUUUGUGCACAGGUUUCCAACAGUGGCAGUUAGCAUUGGAUUUGCUGUUAACCAAGAGCUUGAAUUUGGUGUAAUUUACCACUGCACUGAAGAACGAUUAUACACUGGUAGAAGAGGUCAAGGAGCAUUUUGUAAUGAAAAAAGGCUUCAGGUAUCAAAAGAGACAGAUAAGUCGAAGGCCUUGAUCUUAACAGAAAUUGGUCCAAAACGUGACCCUGAGACUUUGAAAUUGUUCCUCGGUAACAUGGAGAGCUUACUCAAAGCCCAAGUACAUGGGAUCCGUGUAAUCGGAAGUUCUACCUUGGCUCUGUGCCAUCUAGCAUCGGGUGCUGCAGAUGCAUAUUACCAGUUUGGUUUACAUUGCUGGGACUUGGCAGCAGCUACUGUCAUUAUUAGAGAGGCAGGUGGUAUUGUGAUAGAUACUUCAGGGGGACCUCUAGAUCUCAUGUCAUGCCGAGUGAUUGCUGCCGGCACUAAAGAGAUGGCCAUGUUCUUAGCUCAGGAAAUACAGACUAUUCACUACAGACGGGAUGAUGAGAACUGAGUGACAUAAAAUACAUUUACAAGUAA